AUGGGGGAUGGGACUACUCCUUUGAUCUUGGCGGCUGCCAAUGACCACCUGGAGUGUGUGAAUGAGCUUAUAAAUGAGGGUGCUGACCCUAACGAAAGGAGAACAACCGGGACCACAGCUCUCUUCUUCGCGGCACAGGGAGGUUUCUUGGAGAUUGUCAAAGAACUCAUAGAGCAGGGAACACAGAUCGACUUACCAAGCGAGGAUGGUGGAACACCGUUGUUUGUCGCAUGCCAGUGUAAUCAUCUCGAUGUCGUCAAGGAACUCGUAUCACGGGGAGCUGAAAUACAUAGAACGAUGACGGACGGAGCUACCCCUCUUUUCAUCGCAGCUCAGAACGGUCAUUAUAAUAUGCUGAAAUACUUAAUAGCACAAGGAGCAAAGGUCGAUCAAACGAGAAAGGACAAAGCAUCGCCGUUAUGGAUAGCAGCUCAGAUGGGACAUAGUGAAAUCAUCAAGGAGCUUCUCUUAUCGGGAGCAAAGGUGGAUGAAGCAAGGGAGGAUGGGGCGACCCCGCUUUUCAAGGCAGCGCACAAAGGCUACACAGACUGCGUUAAUGACCUGAUAAUGAAGGGUGCUUCGCUCGGACUACUACAGAAUGGUGAGACAGCUCUCCACGCAGCGGCACUGUUCGGUCAUCUGAAAGUGGUAAAACAACUAAUUGAAUCCGGGUCAGAUGUCACACUAAAGAACAAGGAUAACGUCACAGCAGCUGAAAUGGCCAAGGACGCUGGAUUUGACGUCAUCGCUGAGUUCCUCAUUAAAAGCGCGGCUUCAAAGUCAUAAAAAUACGACAAAAGUACCAGUUCGCUCUCUGUGGACUGGAAAGCGGUUCGUGUGCUAUAAGCUAGCGUCGAACUCCGAUAGUACUAAAAACAGAGACAAAAAUGCUGAAGGAACUUGUACUAAGCGUGGGCUGACUGUAGGUCCAUGUUUUGAUACAGAUCUGUGGCUAUCUUUCUGAACGCUUUGAAUUGACCUUUAGCAACAGACUGCCGUCCACGUGGUUGGUGUUGAAAGAUAUCUACUAGGAUUAUGAUUGCCUCUGGAACAAUGCAAAGGUUGGCUCCUUGAUAGUUGCUGGUGCUUAUGGAAAAUGUGCUUUGUUGUCAUUUCAAUAAUCCAAAUGUUUCACGUCGUGACAAGCACGUCCAUCGUGAGAUAUUUUUUGAAGCACGUUGUAGCACCGUCGGAAGUUUUCUCAGUAUUAUCUCUUUUGAUCCACACUGUGUGGCAAACUGCUGUGCUGUUAAUUCAAAAAUACCUGUAGAAAUUUAUGACAUAAUUGUUUGCAAAGGUUUUUCAGAACUGUUGGACAAUGAUGAUUGUUUCUUCUUGGCGUCUAAAUAUUAUGUUCUUUCGUGCAGCCAAGGUCCAAUUUUGAUGUGAUCAUGAGUAAAUCUUGGUCAUCGUGGAGUGAGAUAUAUUGUAGGAGCGACCGAACUCGGUCGCCUGGAGAGGAACAAAAUGUGGACAUAUUUUAAAAGAUUGUUCGCUACUUGACAAGAUUGACAAAUGUGGCGUGAAAGUCAUUACACAUUAUCACGUGUAGUUUAUUUAGUUAUCCAGUACAUCACGUAGAACAUGGUUGGCUUGUGCAGUGACUUGAAUAUCAUUCUAUCGAGGCUGUUCGAAAUUCGUUCAUCUAGAAACAAACUUACAAUAAUUUUCCUUCAGACAAUAUUCUGAGUAUAAUGAUCGGAGAGGUAAUUCAAAAUCAAAACGCCAUAUUGCAGCCAAAGUAUCUUUAUAGGCCAACGGGUGACAGGCUUAAGCCAAAUAGCUGGAUACAACGAUAUAAGUUUUUUUGCACUUUCACUACUUACCAAAUGGCUUUACUUAUGCUGAUUUCGAAACAGUAUAGGCUGUUCUCAUCGACCAGAAUUAUCCGAGUCAUGCUAUGGGAGAUAUGUUGUGUAAUUGCAUGCAUUUCUACUGUAAACAAAAGAAUGUUUUUGCUUUUUCUUUUUAUCCCAAGAUAAAAAGAGAGUUUCAAAAGUCUUUCAAAUAAAACUAAUAUGCUACAUGUAUUAAUUACUAAAAAUAGGGGAAUCUAAUACUUUUGGAGAUAGAGCCUUUGGGAAAAUGACGCCAAAAUUGUGGAAGAACCAACGUCAUGAUAUAAGAUCAAUGAGCGCUUGGCCUUUCGGUCAGUACUUUUAAGUCUUUUUGGUGGCCUAAAAAAAAAGGCUCUAUUCUUUUUCUUUCAAUCGAUGGUAUUUACCCACUUGCAUUAGUUCAAAUUAGUUAUUUACUAAUGCGAACAUUAUUUUCAAGAUUUUAAUUUCACCCCACAAACAUUAACAAGUGCUACACAGUUUCUAGUUUCUGGAGACCUAUUAUUUUCACAUAAUUUCAUUUUGCAAUCAUUUGUGGUGCUAUUUCACUUAUAGUAACCACGAUUUGUAAAUACAUCUCAUCUGGUAAUUUCUUUACAAAAAGGCAGAAAGUACUAUGUUUGUGGAGUUAUGCAACAAUACGUUUAUUUUCUUUCUUACCUGAAAUCAUCUCGAUGUUGGAUUAAAAUGUAUAUAGUAUUUAUAUGAUCAAUUUUGCGCUCCUUUCAACAAAUAUAAUUGUGUGAGACGUUAUGUGGAUAAAAAAAGGUUGUUAAGGAAAAGAGUUAUGUAAAAAAAUAUUGAGAACUAAAUUUCGAUACAGUAUAUCAAAACGUUAUUUGCCUUCGUAUGAUGUUAUCAUAACAUGUUAAAUAACGAUAUUAUGUUUAAAAAACUGAUGCUGAAUAUUUGAUUUUGAUUUUUUUCAUUCUUGAAUAUAAUUUGCAAUAAUUGUACUCCAAAAAUCUUGUUAAGCCUUUCUUGCCCGAAAUCUUUUUCUUUUUUUUCCAUGUAUAGAUUUUAGUGAAAUCAUUGAUUAUGUACAGCCAUGCAUUUACUCUCACUUACCAGAAAACAUUUACUUGAUUUACUUGAUAAAAAUGUAUUCUAAUUUAUGUGAUUUUUCGUUGUUUAAAUUGGCCUAUUUUUAGAUGGAUUUUCCUGGUCCUUGAAUAAAACGUAGGUUUGAUCGUAUGUAUCUGGUAUGUAGGUAUAUAUUGAUAUAUCGAAGCACAAUUAAUUUGAAAAAGCAAUGAAAUAGCAUUGCAUAUAUUGACGGAUUUACGAAAUUGUAAUAAAGCGUUACAUGCCUUUUGUAUUUCACCACAUUUGUUUGAUUCCUGAAGAAAUAACUUUAUGUGAUAUUCUGAUUCUUUAUUUAAUCUUGUUUCGGUAACAAGUGUGGAUUGUUAGAUAUGAAAAAUGAGGAACAUUUUCUUCAAAAGUAGAAGCAAAAUUUUGUUUCUAUAUCUAAAAUUAAAUGAAAUCACUGAAAUGUAUUGUUGCAUAUGCGUAUGCUAUAAAGGUAAUUGUGAGCUGCGAGGCUUGCAUAAUGAGCCUCGAUUUGGGGAAAAAGAGUAAACAAAAUAAACGUUCUGAUUAUUAGGUAAUUGAUAAACUUUCGUCAUAGCUAGAUGAUAAAAUACUGAAAGAAAUAAAGAUAACAAUGGCUAUAAUGAUAAUGAAUAUAAUAAUCACAUACAAACUGAUGAAUUAUUCAUUCAGAAUGUCUUUAGGAAUUCCGCUGUUGGUAUACGAAAUCUUCCAACCAUUCUUCUUUUUUUACGUUUAGUUAUAAAUUAAAAUUAAAAAAUUGUUUUGUAUGUUUACGUAUAUGUAAAGUUGUAUUUGUCUGUUGUAAAAUGAAAACGAAUCAUUUUGCACCGACAACAAUAAUCACAUUUAUCAUAUUUAUUAUAGUAAUGAUAAUUGUAAUUUGGAAAUUAAAAUGCAUCAAAAAAAUAUUGUUGCGAAAAGCAAUUGG